AUGGAUCUGGUGAACAGGACUACGUUGACCUUCUUCAUAUUCUCCGGACUGACUGAGAUUGAGGAGCUCAUCCCGUUUCUCUUUGUUCUCUUCUCACUUCUUUACGUCAUGGCUCUAGUAGGUAACAUUGGCAUUGUAGUCCUCGUCUAUAACAGCUCCAGACUCCACUCACCCAUGUAUUACUUCUUGAGUUUCCUCGCUCUCAUAGACGUCUUUUAUUCCUGCACCAUUACACCGAAGCUGAUAUUUGACCUUACAGUGGUGGAGAAGGUCAUCACAUUUACUGGUUGUGCUCUUCAGUUCUUCUCAUACGCAGCUCUUGGGGGAAGCGAGAAUUUCCUUCUUUCCACCAUGUCCUAUGAUCGCUAUGUUGCCAUCUGUCACCCGCUCCAUUAUAUGACUAUAAUGACUAGGAAGAAAUGUCUACAUCUUAUCUUUGCUGUCUUCUCUGUUGGCUUCUUACAGUCGGCAGUACAGACCAGCUGUACGUUUAGUCUCCAGUUUUGUGGAUCGGGCUUCAUAGACCAUUUCUACUGUGAUGUCCCACCAAUACUCAGACUGUCCUGCUCCGACACCUCCUAUUGUAACAUGGUCACUGUAUAUAUAGUGGGUGUAUUGACUAUAAUCCCAUUCCUGACCAUCAUACUAUCAUACAUAUUUAUACUUUCUACAAUCUUACGCAUGACUUCUGCAGAGGGCAGGAAGAAAGCCUUCAGCACGUGUUCCUCACAUCUUAUAUGCGCCUCGGUCUUUUACAUGCCAAUAUUUUUCAAUUAUUUACACCCUCCUUCUAGUGUUUUUACCAGCCAAGACAAGGUGGCUGCCAUCUUCUACGCAGUGGUGACCCCAAUGCUUAAUCCACUCAUAUAUACUCUGAGGAACCAAGAGAUAAGAAGGACCAUUGGGCAAGCAACGAGGAACAGAAUUUCUUCCGCUAUUAGACUUAUUAAGUCUAAGAUUGCUUCAGAUUUUAAACAGUGA